GUAAAUAAUCUUUCCGAGAUACUCCAUCCGGCCCUUAAAAAUUAUUCAGACAUGCUGGAGAGCCCAGUAGAAGAUACUGACAUUUAUCCAAUUCAGAAAGCCAAGAAGUUGUAUCAAUCAUGCGUGAGCUCUGACCUCUCACCAAUGGCGUUCAUGAUGGAAUCACUUAUUGAGGAAAAUGGCGGCUGGCCGAUGCUCCUGGACUUUGAAGCUUGGAAAGAAGAUGAACAUUCGUGGCAAGAAAUUGAUCUAAAUGUUGCACGUUCAACUGGAGAAUACGCAUUUUUCGGUAUAGAUUUCAUUCCAAUACCAGGCGGAGAUCCUGAAGACCAGAAUAUUUACCUCAACACGCCUGAAGAAGAAACCCUGCCAUUAGAAGAGAAUGAGGAAGAAUAUUACUCCGGCGUUAAACGUUUGCUGACAUCAUUUUUUGGCGAAAGAAAAAUUAAUGUUUCUGUAGAACAACUGAGGAAAGAUAUUCAUAAUCUGUACAUAUUUGAAAAGGCACUGCAAGAGGUGACAGUUCCGGAAGAGUGGCAAUGGAUGCAUGUAAUGAAUCUGAAACAAUGGAUUGGCGAUUGGUAUUUCAGAAAUAAAUUACAACCAAAUCCAAAAACAAAGAUUAAGUGGAUGAAAGUCCUGGGGAACGUAAUAAAAAAUAAUGAUAGCCAGAUAACAUUCCAUUGGCAGGUGAAUGUUGCGAGGCCAUACUAUUUAGCAUUACCAGAGAUAUGGAGGAAGACAACAAAACGGACGAUCGUCAAUUACGUUUACUUGAAAUUUGUGAGAAAAAAUUUGCAGAAUAAUAAACGGCAAGGCAUGGUAUCACGUUGGUUGGAUUGUUUUCAAAGAACGGAAAUGUUCGAUGUGAACGUUUACUGGCUGGUGGAAAGAAAUUUUGGGCCUAAUUACCAGAUUUACAUUCAAAAAUUAUUACAAAAUGUGAAGACUGAAUUGAUAUACCAAAUAAAUAAUUCAAGAUGGAUGGAAGACAAGUUCAAAGAAAAUUUCACAAAAAAACUGGAGACGAUUCAAUUUUCUUAUACGUAUCCACGGGAGUACAAAAACCUCAGUGUUAUUAAAGAAAAUUCUAAAAGGAAUAUUUAUGAACCUGAAACCAGCGAUAAUUGUCAUAUCUAUAAAAGGUUGAUCGUUUCAUCACUGACGUCGAAGGUUUCUUAUUCGUAUAAUGAGAACACUGUUUAUAUUCCAGUGCUUCUUUUUCAACCGUCUACCAUUAGUUUUGACAUACCACAAUAUAUCCACUAUGCAACUAUCGGUUAUGUAAUCAAUGAGGGAAUAGGUCGUGUGCUCAAGUUCACAGGGAUAACUCAGAGAGCUGAUAACACACUCACCUUUUACAACAGGCGUCCAUUCAAUCAUUACUUGCGGAAUGCCAACUGUAUUUGGCAACGGAUUGAAGACCAUUUAGAGUUGAAAGUCAUGACUUUUCAAGACAUGAAUGAGCUUAUCUCGAGUACAUUUGGACUUCGCGCAUCCCUGAGGGCUUUCAAACGGGCGGGUCAAGACCAGAAUGCGACAUGGGUCCCAAAUUUCAAACUUUCGCAGUUUGAAGAGUACACUGAUGAACAAAUGUUUUUUAUAACUUUUGCUGCGAGUUCGUGUUACAAAGGUUUACAAUUAAACUUGGAUACAAAUGUAAUGGAAUUCCGAGUAAAUAAUGUUAUACGCAAGAUUUCAGAGUUUGGACGAGUGUUUAACUGUCCAGUAGACAGCCCCAUGAAUCCGGUGGACAAAUGCAGCAUUUAAACGACAUUUAUCAAAGAAACAGAAUCCACUAUAUUACAAACAAUUAUUAUUGUAUAUUAUUAUUAAUCAAUUACCGUAAUAAAAU